UGUUUCGCAUUUGUAUACCACCUAGUAUCAUCACUUCCGGCUGUUACCCGCUGAAACGGUCUAAAGACUAUACGCCAUUAUUGCAUACGGACGCUACGGUGCACUAUUCCAAACAUUUGGCCGGUUUUUGCUACAUUUAUCCUAUUCAUUCAUAGUUGAAGAUCUAUAAUGAGUGAUAUCGAGCGGAGUGGUAGUCGUAGUGCAAGUCCUAGAAGACCAAGAACAGCAGAUGGAGGUUUAAGAGACUCACGUUCACAUUCAAGAUCACGUAAAUCACGGGAACGUAAAGAAUCUCACCGACCAGUGAAAGAAUAUUCACGAUCACGAAGUCGUUCAGUUUCAAGAGGAAGAAAGUCAUAUCGCAGUAGCAAAUAUGCUAGUGCAGGUCACCGUGGUAGUAGUCGCAGUCGUAGUCGUUCUCCUUAUAGGGGUGGUCGAUAUUCUAGAAGCAGGUCUCGAUCAUACUCUCGUUCCCGUUACUCUCGUGAACAUGAUAGGAACAUUUAUCGUUCACACUCUCGGAGUCCAAUGUCAUCUAGACGACGUCAUGUUGGAAACAGAGAUAAUCCAUGUCCUUCCAGAUGCUUGGGUGUUUUUGGGCUUUCCAUUUUUACAACUGAACAACAAAUACAUCACAUUUUCUCCAAAUAUGGACCUGUUGAACGUGUACAAGUUGUAAUUGAUGCAAAGACUGGACGAUCCAGAGGGUUCUGUUUUGUGUAUUUUGAAUCAUCUGAAGAUGCUAAAGUAGCGAAAGAACAGUGCACAGGGAUGGAUAUUGAUGGUCGAAGAAUAAGGGUAGAUUUUUCGAUUACACAAAGAGCUCACACACCAACUCCAGGAAUUUACAUGGGAAAACCUACACAUUUACAUGAUAGAGGAUGGGAUGGACCCCGAAGACGAGAUAGUUACAGAGGAAGCUAUCGACGUUCACCUAGCCCAUACUACAAUCGCCGUCGCUCACGCUACGAUAGAUCUCGAUCACGCUCUUAUUCACCACGUAAGUUUACUUUUUGUUCUGUCACACGACCUAAUAUAAGCAGUCUACAUGGAUAUGUGUCUCCUUUAAAAAUAUUUACAUAGCAUUUAAUCAAUUAAGAUAACUAGAUCUAACAAAAUACAAAAACUCAUUGAUUUGAUAUUGUAUAAUUCGCCAGAAUUCGCACUUAUGAACCUAAAAAUACAUUAAAUUAUAAAAAUACUUUAAACCUAUUCAUAAAAAAUUAAUUAAAUGUCAGUCACAUAUGCUAAUAUAUACAUAUACAGUAUAUAAUAUUGAAUUUAUUGUAAAAUUUUAAAUAAUAUUAGUAUAUUUAUCAACUAUGAAAUCUAACGUUUUACUUGAGUUUUUUAUUUUAGUUUAAAUUAUUUUCAGAAUUUUCAGAACUAUUAAUAUACAAAACAUUAACAUGUUUUAAAGAGUUGCAUGCAAUAAAAUUUUACUGUUUGAAGUGCUUUCUCACAAAGAUUAGCUUUCUUUGACUAAACUGAAGAUACUAAACAGUCUGUUAAUAUACUUCUCCUAUUCAGUGUUAUAUAUAUAUAGCUACAUUUUAAUGAAUGAAAACUGUAUAUUUACAUAUACAGAAUACACAUAUGAACACAAUUAUAAGUGAUUUCGAAAUUUAUAUAAUCAUUCACUUAUAACUGAAGUUCUUAAUUUAGAUUCAUAUUUUCGUAGACCGCUUAUAUUUACUUCAAGAAAAAUGUUUAAGUACAAAUAAGUAGUUAAAUUAGCAAGAAUGGAAGACAGGAGCAUCAAGGAAUGCAUCCGAUAAAUCGUACGGUAGUAACUAAGUGUAACCCGUAACAUGGGUCAAACAAUCAUAGUUUUUGUUGCUUAAUGAAUUUCAGGUCGAUAUUAAGUGACACGAGUGUGAUGCGAGAGGCCAGGUGUUUGGGAGACCAUUUGUGUGACUUGACCCUUUGACCUCAAAUUUCUUCUAACAAUACUGUACCGGGUCAAAAAAUGCAAACGCUACAUUCUUACUACUAUUCUUACCUUACCUAGUUCUGCAUUAUAUGCAAUUAAUAUACGGCAUUUAAAUUACGAUCAUACAAUAUCAGUUAAUCAGAUAAUCUAAUAUGCAAAGAAGUGUAGUAUAUUCUUUGCAUGGAAGAGUAAGGUUAGAAUGGACGCAGACAAAACCUUAUUUUCACAAUGUUUCAUUUCCUAAGAAAUUGUUAUGAAGAUAAGGUUUACGUAUUGUAAUAUGAUGCUAAUAUGUGAAGGUUGGAAUAUAAUUGUUUCUAUCUUUCUUUGAUUUAAAUUUUGCUUAAAAAUUAUAUUCCAGCCAUUCUGUUUUUUAACACAACUGCUAAAAUGUGUUAUGAAUCAGGAAAAAAUGUGGUAUUCCUAAAUGUUUAUAUAAAAAAGAAAAAUAUAA